AGCGUCGACAAGAAGGAGGGCCGGUCGUACAACAUCUUCGAGGGCCGGGACAUCGUAUACCGCGAGUCCAACGACCUCAACAAACAGGUCGAGGGCUUCGUCAACCGACGCACGGGCCACGGCUACCAGGCGGUGGACGGAGCCCUGGACUACUACCUCGCGGAGCUCUAGCGCGCCGACGGCGUCCUCCCCCCGCCCAGGCGGCGCGCCCCACGCGGCCGCUCCCGCGGGGAUAACUAUGGAAAGUCAACGGGUUUUGCCGGCGCAGCGCGAGGGAGCUCUACGACCGCUAUUUUGACUGGCUGUGCCCUCCAGCUAGGCUUCACUCGUGCACUGCGGGUGCGGGUGCAGCACUUUGAUAGCGCCAUGCAAACAAACAGGGAGAGCGCUGCCCAAAAGAUCGAUAUAGGCAUAGGGCAGCCACCAAAGGACGCGAUCGUCCACCCGCACGCCAUUCGACGCGACUGUUUCGUCCGGAACUGCAUUGCGGACCACGAGCUGAGUUGCUGCACUGCUCUCAGCCGACUGCAGGGAGCAACAAACGCGAGGGCCCUAGAGGAGCACAGCGGGAGGCGACAAAAUGGGCCUCCAGGAGGUCAUGCUCGCGCGCAUGAAGCAGAGCCACGGCCUGAGCCGCCCCCACGCGGGCAGCUUCGCCCGGCGCGAGCAGCUGCCCGCGCUGCCGGGCACGAUCCGCGACGCCUACGCGCUCAAGCAGCAGCGCCUCGCGCCGGCCUCGGCGCGGCCGUCCUACAAGCAGCCGCCGCCGCGGCGGCGACGGCGCGCCGCGGUCGACGAGCGCGAGGACACGAUCCUCAAACCGCGGCGGGCGUCGACGUGGCGCGAGCGCGUGGCCGCGCCGCUGCGCGCGGCGGCGCCCGCGGCGCGGCGGCAGCCCGAAGCGCCGAGGCUCGAGCCAGCACGGCGACGGUCCGAAGCGCCGAGGUUCGAGCCUGCGCGACGAGGGCCAGUGGAACCUAACGUAAACGCACAGCCAGCGCGCCUGACGGCCGCGGCGUUGGCGGCGCACGAGCGGCAGCCGCGCGCGCCGCCGGCGCCGACCGGCGUGGGCCGCUUCGUCGCGUCGCCGCCGCGCGCGCGCGAGCCGCCGCCGCGCGAGCCGCCGCGGCCGCGCCAGGCCCUGCCGCCCAUCCAAAAGUUGCCCCAAGGCGGCCAAGAUAGGGGUCCCUCGAAACGCUUCGCGGACCGCGUGAGCGCGGCCGGCAAGGGCGUCGCGAGCAAGCCGGACACGGCCUUCUUCAAACAACGGCGCGCGUGCUGGGACAAAAAAAUACAAUUCAAGUACGGCAAGUCCGACGCGCUCUCGUGGGAGCGGAAAGCUGGAGAUGAAAAAUACGACCCGUCGCCCGCGGCGCCCAUCGACUACGAGAAGCACUACCGCCAGCUGCAGACGGAGCGGGCGCACAACAAACAGCUGCGCCUCAAGAACUCGGCUUCGACCCUGCGGCUCGGUGACCACGCGAACGACUACUGGCACUCGAACCACGAACUGUUUUCCGGGCGCGUGACGGGCGGGGAACUCGGCAGGCAGCGGGCGGAGAACGCGCGCAAAAAGCGACAACUUGCAUCGUCGACGCUGACGCUCGGCGACGACCCGGACUACUACUAG